AUGCCGGGGACUUUACGUAUUCUAAACGGGAUAUUAAGAAGAAAAAUCUUCAAACCAAAAUUUCAAUGCGCUUCCGUGAGUUGUCAAGAUCGUAAAAUGAUAGGUAAUAGAGAAAUCGUCGGAUUUGGAUAUAACGGACAACCGAAUUAUAUCGAUAGAGUUCACUUCCCUAUGCCUGCAAUAAGAUGGAGGGAACCGACACCUGAAAUAUGCGCGUUGAGAGAAAAGGAAAAAGGCGACUGGCACCAGCUUACUUUAGAAGAAAAGAAACAGUUAUAUAGGGCUUCAUUUUGUCAAACUUUCGCCGAAUUUGAAGCACCAAUGCAAGAAUGGAAAUCGGUGAUUGGUGUUGGGUUAGUAUUAAUGGCUUGUUCUUUCUGGAUAUUCUACUUUAUAAAAACAUUUAUCUAUUCCCCUUUCCCCAAGUCUUUUUCGGAGGAAAGUAGAAGAGCUCAAUUUCGAAGAUGGCUCGAUAUGAGGAAUCAUCCAAUAACUGGUCUAGCAUCCAAAUGGGAUUACGAUCGAGAUGAUUGGAAAAAAUAA